AUGCCGAUUCUUGAUUUAAAUGUUCCCAUUCAUAAUGUUGAUGAAAUAAAAUAUGAAGAACAAACUCAUGAGUCAACAAAUAUUGUUAAUAUUCAUGAUCCAUUUUUUCUAUGGGGUUUAGUGGAACAUUCUGAUCGUAAUUUACUUCAAGCAUUAAAAACACUUUCAGAUGCUGAUUGUAGUCGUUUAUAUUGGUCAUGUCAUUAUCGUAAACAUACAGAACUAUGUCAACGUAUAUUAGAUAAUUGUGCACCUAUACGUAUUGCACAUGAUGCUAUUGCAAUAAUUUCUCAAAUGACAAAAUCUGGUGAUAGUAAAAUACCUGAUUUAACACAAGUACCUGUACCAUUUUUAUUACCAACAUCACCAGAUUUUAUGGUCGUUGAAUUACGUGAUGGAUCAUUUAUACCGUCAAAAGGAAAACCAUUAAAAUUUACUGUUAUUGAUCGUCAAGGAAAUACAAAAACUUGUAUUUAUAAACAUGGUGAUGAUUUAUUACAAGAUGCAAUGUGUGUUGCUGUUAUGAAAGAAAUGAAUCAUAUAUUUAAAGAAGAACAUGUUGAUGCAGAAGUUGUUCUAUAUGAAGUACUUCCAGUUGAUGAAUCUGAAGGUCUUAUUGAAUGUGUUGAAAAUGCACAUCCAUUUCUUGAAUUUAAAAGAGUUGAUGAAAAUAAAGAUUCAACAUCAACACAUCCAUUGAAAUUAUUUAUUGAACAAUCAUUUGAACGAAAAAAGAAUUUAUUUCGAACAUUUCUUGGUUUUGUUAUAUCUGGAAUUGUUUUACGAUUAGCUGAUCGACAUUACGAUAACAUUAUGCUUACUGAUGAUGGUAAAAUACUACAUAUAGAUUUCGGUUGUGCAUUUGGUCAAAAGACAAAAUUCGAACGAUUAUUUGGUCUUUUUAUGGAUAUACCACAUUCACCAUUUGGUGAAGAUAUUUUUAUGGCAAUGAUCGGUUGUGAAAGCGACAGUGAAAUUAUUACACAAUUAUGGCAGUCAAUAAAAGAACAUAUAUGGUCUUGUUUUAAUGCUUUACGUAUACACAAAAAUCGUUUUAAACCAUUAGGAGAAGAAAAAUAUGAACAAUUAUAUGAAUCAUUAAUGGUCGGAUUGAACGAUGAUGAUGCUCGAGAAGAAUUAUAUGUUGAAUUAGAAAAAUGUUAUAAGAAUCGUUUUAAUACUGCACGAGCAUUUUAUUAUAAAAUUCAACAGAAUAUAGUCAGUUGA